AUGUCGUUCUUCAACGCCAACCAGCAGCAGCAGCAGCAGCAGCAGCAGCCGCCGGGUGCCUCUGGCAAUGCCUUUUCCUCGCCCGGACCCCUCUCCCUCAAUGACCUCAACAAGGGCCCUCAGCAGCAGCAGCAGCCAGGCGGCCUCUUCGGCCAGCCACAGCAGCCGCAGCAGCAGCAGAGCGGUGGUCUCUUUGGCAACUCGGGCUUCGGCCAGCAGCAGCAGCAGCAGCAACGACCACAGCAGCCCUUUGGCUCCGGCUUCGGCUCCUCGUCCUCGGGCGGCGCCCCCUUUGGCAGCAGCACAGCAUCCUCCCAGCAGAUGGGCGGCGGAUUUGGCCAGUCGUUCCAGCAACCUCAACAACAACAACAACAACAACAACAGCAGCAGCAGCAGCAGCAGCCGGGGCUCUUUGGCCAGAACCAGCCAAACAACUUUGGCCCGCCGUCCUUUGCAAGCCAGUCGCAGCCCCAGCAGCAGCAGCAGCAGCAACCACAGCAGCAGCCUUUCCAGCCGCAGGGCCAGCAGCAAUACGGCAACCAGCCGCAGACCCAACAGUUCAGCUCGCCCUACCAGCAGCAGCAGCAAAACCAGCAGCCCCAGAUGAGCUAUGUCCCAGGCUACCUCAGCCAGGUCCGAGGCGACAAGCCCUACCGCUCGCCCGCCCGCCAGCUCGAGCCAGGGUCGCCGGAAAAGGGCGAGGCCGAGGCCAGCACCGCCUUCGGCACGCCCGCCUCCAAGUCGACCAAAGACGACUCCUCGUCCUCGUCGCGCAACCAGUCGUCUCCCGUCGGUCGUUUCAGCUCGAGCUUCUUCAACGACAGGCGGGACGACUCUGACGGAGUCAGCCGCUCCGGAUCCGUGGGGCCCGGGGCAUGGCGCGGCGGUCGGGGGAGCAUCUUCGGUGCGGGCGGCCUGCGCGGUGGUCGCCAGUCGAUGACGCCUGCGCCCAGCAGCGGCGGCGUGAAUGCACCCGAUACUCCCGCGUCGAGGAUGGCGGGCUCGGGCGACACGAGCUUCUCGCCCGGCCGGUCGUUCCGUGCGGCCACCAGCCCCCCCAGCGGCGGGCGGUCCAGCUCAUUCGCCGCCGGUAUGGAAGACGACGACGACGAUGCGCCGCCGCAGGAGAUACUCGACGACGUCAAGCCUUCCUCACCCGGCUCCGCCUUCUACGGCAACAGCUCCUUUUCGUCCUUUGGCGGGGCGGGCCUCGGUGUCGGUGCAGGCAGCGGCAGCGGUGCAGGAGCUGCUGGUGGCGCCGGACUCGGAAGUGGCAGCGGCCUCGGUGGAUCCGUGACCCCAUCCGGCGUCUCGCCUGGCGGCAACGGCGGUGGCAGCAACGGAGGCCGCGCCGGUGAGGCGCUGACGGGCCGCGCCGCCGUGCUGGACCGGGCGCAGCGCACCGUGCUCUUGUACGGCUACCCGCACUGGAUGGAAAAGGCGGUGCUGGAGCUGUUUGCGGGCAUCGGCGGGGUGGAGAUGAUCGAGUCCAUCGACAUCACGGGCAGCGGCUCUGCGCAGGACCAGGCGCAGGCCAACCCGACGGGGCCCUUCCUGCCGUGCUGCACGCGGCUCGUCUACGAGGCGAGCUUCCAGGCGCUCCACGCACUGCGCCGCAACGGCGAGAUUGUGGCGGGCGCGUGCAUCGUCGGCGUGCGGUGGGAAGACGAAAACUUCCACCAGAUCAGCCUAGCCAACGGCGUCGAUGCCGCGCUGCGCAGGGACAUCGUGCCGAGCAGCAGGACCAAGGAGGUGUUCCGCGCCGGGUCCAAGCCCCUCAGCAUCCCCAGUACGGCGGCCGGGUCAGCGUACGCUGCUGGCGGGGCCGCCGCGGGUGCGGGCCUUGGCGGCGCCUUCAACAACGGCAACAACGGCAAUGCUGCCUCGGCUUCCUCUUCGUCGCUGCAGGUCGAACACCGCAGGUCGCUGUCCACCUCGCCUUCGUCGGGCGCCCUCGCCCACAACGGAGGCGGGGCCAACAACAACGGCGCGGGAUCCUCGUCGGCCACCCAGCACGCCUACGGACGGCCACUCUCGGUCAUCUCGGGCGCGUCGGCCAUGCGCCCCUCGGCAUCGACCGCCUCUGGUCUGGCUGGAUCGCCCUUCCGCGUCGCCGGCAGCCUCUUUGGGACCGGCGGUGGUGCCGGUGCAGGCGCAGGGACGCCAUCAAAGUCGUCGGGCGAGGCGGCCAACGCGUCGCAGCUGCCGCGCGACAAGAGCGUCAUGGGUCGCAUCGCCGACGGCAUCUUUGGCUGGUAA